AUGUCUAAUAGUAAUUAAUAAGAUGAAUCAUAUGAUGAAGAAUAAGAAGAUGAAGAAAUUGAAACUGUUCAGGAAAAUGGUUUAAAAUAGUUAUACAAAAAUCAAGGUAUAUUAUGUUUAAUUAACUUAAAAUUAGAAUAAUUCAUGUAAUAAAUCAAUUAUCUUAAUGAACAAGCAGUCAUUAAAAUUAAACUUUAAAAGUUCAAAGAAGCAAUGAAAUUACUCUAAUAAUCAGAAUAAAUGUUGGAAGUAUUUCUUAAUAAUUAUCAAUAGUAUGCUGCAAGUUGUGGCAAAAACAUAGAUAAAAACUUAAUUAUUGUUGUUCUUUACAAUCAAGCUUGUGGAUAUUAAUGGUAUUAAAUAAACUAUAAUUAGUUAAUGGGUUUUAGAUAAAUGUUCCAAAUAUUUAUCUGGAGUUAUUUAUAAUAUGGAAGAAAGUAUGAAAGAAGAUGAAUAAGAUACUAAUAAUCUUACAAGCACAUAAGAAUCUGAUGCAUCUUUAGUCAAAAAGAAAGCCUUUCUAUCAAGAACACUAUUACAACAUACAGCCAUUUUGAGUCAAUUAGGAAAGUACAAAUUAAUAUUAAUUUUAGACAUAAAUUAGCAUUACAAUCUGCCAGAAAAGCAGCUAGUACAAUGAGAGAAGUAUUUAAGAUAGCUUCUUAAUUUUGUAAGGAUUGGUUAAACAAAAAUGGAUCUUUAGGAUCUGCAACAACUGCCAAUUCUAGUCUAACAAUGAAGUCAAAAUAAAAAAAUAAUAAAUUUCAAAUGAAAGAUGAAGUAGAAUUCAGUAGAUUAGUAAUUGAUGCAAGCAAAGAUAUUCUAUAAGAUUUAUCUAAAUAAUAAGAUUUAGAUAACAUAUCAAAUAAUGAAUAACUAAUAUUAAGAGAAGCUAAGAAAUAGUUAUAUUUUUGGAGAAAUAAUCCAGAAAAUAAUGAAAAACAUAUUCGUAAAGAAUUGAGAUUAGAUCAAAAAGAAGAUGAUUAUCGUUCUAUUCUAGGAGUUCAGAAUGUAUAGGAAUGGAUUUAAACAUUCAAUAUAGGUUUCAUUAUGCAUAUGACUCCAUAAAUAUACGAAGAUUUCUCAUCUCAAGGUGAAAUGCUUUAUGAAAUAUCUAAAAGAUUGUUGUUAGAGAAAAUUAUAUAUCUAUCUAUAUCUUAUUUCACCAUUGCAACUGAAUUAAGGUUUAUUGAAUUAGACAAAGCUAAAUAAUAAGGAAUCAAAGAUAUUAAUACUGAUGAGUUUAAAUUAAGUGAAUUAUAUCAUCUUAAAGCAGUAGAAAUUGCUUGUAAAAAUAUUACUUGUUCAUCUCCUUAUAUUAAUCAUUUAAUUACUAGUUAUCAUAAACAUUAUAAUUCUAAUUUAGAUACUAUACAAGAAGAAUCUAUGAUGUCUAUGGUAUCAGAAGUCAAUUAUAAAGAAUAAAAAUUGUAAAAAUUUAAAUAGAUGUAAAUUUAAACCUAAAGAGAGAAUAAAUCUAUACUCAAAAAUUUAGCAGAAUUAAAAUUAAAUGACUCAUCUCCUUCUGGAAAAUUAGUUAGUUCUUUUUUAAAUCAAUAAUCUCCUUUAAAAACUAAUAGAAAUAUUAGUGAUAAUGUUAAACCAUAGACAAAUUUAAUGGAAUAGAUGAUAAUUAAUAAAAAAAGAUAAUAAAUGCCAUCAGAUAUGUCACCUAAAUAAAAGAUAUAAUUUUUUAAUGGACCAUCAAAUAAUAGUUGUGAAAGGAUCAAUGAAAAAUUAUUAAAGGCAUAAGAUACCUUACCAAUUUAAUUAUAACCCUAUAAAUCAGCUAAAACAACUUUUAAUAAUCUUAUUAAGCAAACAUAAAACUCUUAAGCUUCUUCAAAUCAUAAUAAUAAUGGAAUUUUGAAAGCAUUUUUUUUUGAUAAUUGUAGAACUGAAAGAAUGAAUACAAGUUCGAAUUAGUCACCUAAAAGAGCAGGCAGAUCUCCUGAAAAAUCUCCUGAUAGAUCUCAGAUUUCCUUAAAACCUAGAAAUUCAAUUUUGAGCAAUAAAACACCAUAAAAUAGGCCUAGAACAGACACUGAAUAAUGUAAAUUUUAAUAAAUAUUCCAUAGAAUGUCAUAUUAAAUUUGAAACUAUCUAAUAGUUAUUAAGAGGAUAAUCUGGUACUAAUUAAAAAAGAAAAUGA